UCCCUCCUCCCUCCCCCCUCCCCCCCUCGUACUUCUUUCUUUCUUUCUUUCCCCACCUUCCACAGCAAUCGUAAGUCCUCAGGGUUCAGACUUUGGAGAGCAGCAAUUAGUUCCUCGUUUGUUGCCAAUAAAAUGCAACGUUAGUGGCUCAUAAACCCAGCAGAGGCGCGUUUCAGCCAAUCAGCAGCCUGCAAGAGCGUCGUCCCCUGUCCCCUUGUCCUGUCCCGUCGUUCGUCGCCGCCUUCUCGCCUUUUCUCGCUUCCUUCCUUCUUCUUUUUUAGUUAACUUUUAGUUAGUUCUCUCCACAGGCUUUGGCAAAAACUUAACAAGCUUUUGUUCCUUUUUUUUUCUCCGUUGCAGGCUUUGCAGCAGAACAAGAACAAGAACCGCAUACAACCACUCCAACCAACAAUCAAACCAUUAUUGGUGUACGUACGGAGUACGGCGUACAUAGUAGUAUGUACUGUACAUGUACUACAUAUACAUACAUCUAUACAUGUAUAUACUACUCCCCGCUCACCCCAGGCCUAGAUAAACUUUACCCGAACCCUACAACUACCCCAGAACCUACACAGUACAGUACGCUACCCGAUACCUAGGUACUAACUACUGAGGAUUAAGCCGUAGACCAGAUCCUAGGGGAAGGUAACUAGCUACAUACACAGUACUCCGUACCAGUACCUCACCCGCUCCAGACGCUGUACGGAGUACAUCCAUUUACUUGGCCCACAUGGUUAGCGAUUGAGGCGAUGGAUGUAUAAACAACUUGCUAUUUCAUUUCCAUAUUCCUCACCAACCCAUCGCUUCUUCCCACUUUUGACUGAUCGAACAAAGCGCCGUUCUGUCUCUCUCUCCUUUCUCCUCUCUCCUCUCUCUUUCUUAAGCUGUCAUCUCUCCCCAUCCAUCUCUCACCUACGCUUUCGCCACAACAAUAACAAGAACAACACUACCACCACUACCAACCACUACCAACCACCAGGCAAAGUAACCAUCAAACGAUCCGGGAAAGGAAAGGAGGGCUAUAUACACAAGCCAUGGUCUACGUCCGCCAACAUAACCUCGCCGCCCUGCGCGAGUACAGGUACUCCGGCGUCGACAAGUCUCUUGUUUCUCGCUAUAUCUUGAAACCCUUCUAUACACAUGUCGCCAUUAAGUGUUUUCCUAUGUCUAUGGCACCAAAUGCUAUCACACUAACAGGCUUCUGUUUCGUCGUCAUCAAUUUCCUGACUCUGCUCUGGUAUAACCCUACCCUAGAUCAGGAUUGUCCGCCAUGGGUCUAUCUGAGUUGGGCGGUAGGGUUGUUCCUGUACCAAACGUUUGAUGCAGUUGAUGGGGCUCAGGCACGGAGAACUAGGCAGAGUGGACCUCUUGGUGAGCUUUUUGAUCAUGGAGUCGAUGCGUGCAACACCGCCCUGGAAGUCCUCAUCUUUGCCGGCGCAACAAACCUGGGCCAGUCAUGGCUAACUGUAUUGACUCUAUUUGCCUCCGCCCUAACCUUCUACGUCCAAACUUGGGACGAAUACUACACCCAGACGCUAACCCUAGGUAUAAUCUCCGGGCCCGUCGAGGGAAUCUUAACUCUCUGUGCUGUCUACGCAACAACAGCCAUAAAAGGCGGCGCCAGCUUUUGGCACAAACCCAUGCUGGCAACCCUAGGCGUCCCAGCCUCAGUUUUAUCCAUCCUACCCGCAUCCGUGUCCAACCUUCCCUUUACCUCCUGGUACAUCAUCUACGGCGCUGUCGUCUUGCUCUUCAGCACCUUCACCAGCAUCUUAAACGUAAUGCAUAUCCGCCGCCAGCGGAAUCUAAACGUCUAUAAACCCCUCCUGGGCCUAUUGCCCGCUGUUGCGACGUGGUUGCUGGUUACUGUAUACUUGCAUCUGCGGCCCUUGGUCCGGGAGAGACAUCUCGUCCCCUUCGCGAUGUACGUGGGGCUCAUCAAUGCGUAUUCGGUUGGGCAGAUGAUUAUUGCGCAUUUGGUGAAGAGAGGGUUUCCGUAUUGGAAUGUUUUGCUGUUGCCGUUGGUGGUCGGGGUUGUGGAUGGGGUGUGUGGGUCGCAGGAUUACUUGGGCUUGUGGGAAGGGAGUUUGUUGUUUGGCAGCGGGAAGGAUGGGGAGGUGUAUCAGGUUGCGUUCGUGUUUUGUUCGUUGGGGCUGGCGGUGGGGGUUUAUGGGAGUUUCGUGUUCGAUGUCAUCACCACUAUCUGCGAUUACCUUGAUAUCUGGUGUCUGACUAUCAAGCACCCAUACGUCGAGGGUGCGGCGACAGAGCCCGCGAAAGUAAUCAAGACGAAGGUUGUCGAUACGAAUAAUACCCACUCCGCUGCGAAAUCGAAAGUUAACUAAGACAAUGAAACGCGGGAAACACGGGCGUUGAAGAGCUUGCGUGUGCGCGUCGCUGAUCCAGAUAUUGUUGAUAUGGAUCCCUUUGGCGGCGAAAAUAUUUUACUUGAGAGGAGUUCUUCGUGAUAAGAUAGGAAGGAAAGGGCGAUUGGCUAGAAAGAGAUGGUGGAAGAGUUUUACAUCAUUCAGGUGAGGGGGAAAAAAUGUUGGUUGUCGAUGAGGGUGUCAGUAAGUAAGUUGAACUAAUGGGUAAGUUUUAUAUCUGGGGCGGCGAUUUUAUGGUUUGAAACCAUCUCCCUCUGCUUUCUUGAUGUAUUAGUUUUCUCUUCUGUUUUCUCUGCCAGUGCUUCCUUGUUACUCGGUAUAUGCAUGCAUGUUUGUUUCAACUUGGUUUUUAACCUUUUUUAUGUUGUAUACCCUGAUUAUAUACAUCACCACUUCCAACGCACGCCCCUUUCUUCCCCCUUCUUCAAGCAUCACUGGGUUUGCUGGGUUUGUAUGUUAUGUAUGUUACUUUAGCUUGUACACAUUUAUAGAAUGGGGCGGGACGGGAUGGAAUGGAAUGGGAUGUAUUAACACUGUUAACUAUUUAUCAUUUCAGGGGGUGUUACGUUGCAUUCUCUGUUUCCUUUCCCUUACCUUUUUUUUUUCUUUUCUUUUCUUUUUGUUGAAUUAUCCUAUUCUGUAGGCUGUUUCAUUCAUAGUUAUGUCAAAUUUCCUUUAAUCUCUUCAUUUCAGAAUUUCUUUUCCUUUAUACAAUUAAUCUUAAUCUCGUGUGUGUUUUGUAUAGCUCUGUGGAUCUAUCUAAACUACGGCUUUGUAUUAUGCUUUGUGUGUGUAUUUUCCUCCUGCUUGAGUAUCAGUCCAUUUCAUGAUCUCUUGUUGCAGACCUUGUUCUCAUAACUACUUUUUAAUUCUUGAACUCCUCUACCCCGCCGGCCCGGCCCCGCCCCACCCCCCGGAUAACCUAGGAGACAAAAAUACUGCA